AACGAACACCCUUAACGUCAUUUCCAGUUUUCCACCACUCCACACCGUUUCCUCCAACCUCACUCUUCACUGUAACAAACUGUUAUUUGCCGGAAUAUUCCCCCUCUUCACCGUAACAGACUCUGUUUUUUGACGGAAGAUUCCUCCCUCUUCACCGUAACCGCCUGUGUUUUUUCUCACUCUUCUCUGUAACCGCCUCACUCGCCUGAAAAAUCCUCACUCUUCACUGUAACCAAGUGUGUUUCUCGCCGGAAAAAACGUCACUCUUCACUAUAACAUAACCGAGUGUGUUUCUCGCCGGAAAAUCCUUAAACGCCAUUUUUUAAAUUGAAGGUUUGGAUUGAACAAUGGAGAUGACAUCUCAGUCUGUGAUUUCUAGAAAGCGACCGUUAGACGGUUCAAAUGGUUGUAAGGAUGAGGAACUCAGAAAAUAUAGAAAUUUGGUUCCAGCGGUUCGCGACUUUCCUCCUGGUUGUGGAAGAAACGAAGCUGAAAGAAAGCCGUUGAAGAUGUUAACAAAGGCUAACUCAGAUCUAGGAAAGAUGACUUCUGUUGGAGAUGAUAAGAUUCUGGACUCGAAUCGUGUCGAAAAUCAUAAAUUCAGUAGCUCAAAACCGUUAGAAUCAGGGAGAAACAAGUCUUAUGUUGUCUCAAGGCCAGCUGGAAAGGUUAAGUACUGGGAUCCUGCUUGCACAGAGGCUGGUUAUGACCAAAAACCGAAAGUCACCGUCACUCAUGGACCACAGAAGAAGGUUAUUAACAAUUUCAACAACGUUGACUCGAAUGUUAAGAAGAUGACUCCAGAUGACAUGGAUGAGUUGGUUAACUCUCGCCCUGUUGAGAAUAGUAAACUCAAAAAUUUUGUACCGAAAGAACUGGAGAGGAGCAAAACGUAUUUGGGCUCAAGAUCAGGGGCUAAAGUGAAAUAUUGGGACCCUAUGUGUGAAGAAGUCAAGAAAUCAGAAGACACAACCACUGUUGUAUCGCUAAAGGAAAACACUAGACGCGAAAAGAUAAAAGAAGUGUUGGACGUUUUUGAUCAGGUUUACGAACCUUUUUACCAAGAGAACAGAAGGAAGCCAAAGAGUGAAAAGAUUCCUUCGUGGAGAAUUCCUACGGAAGCUGCAAAAAUCGUUAAACAAAAGCUGAAAUGGAUGGAUCCGGGAAAGGUAGUAGGAUCCGUAUGUGGUGUUCAAAUUGGAGAUAAGUUUAAAUACAGGGCACUGCUUAAGAUGGUUGGUCUUCACAGUCAACCACAAUCAGGCAUUGAUUUUGCCAACAUUGAAGGAAAGAAUCUGGCGAUAAGCGUUGUGGAUUCUCAGCGUUAUUCGAAUGUAAGUGGAUCUAGUGAUACGCUUAUCUAUUCUGGUCAAGGCGGGCAUGGUUUGUUCGGGAGUAAAUCGCCACCGAAAGAUCAACAGCUUGUGAGUGGGAAUAUGGCUAUGAAGAAUAGUAUGGAUAAGAAAUCACCGGUUCGGGUGAUAAGGAAAGUUGCCUCGUUUGGGAAGGAUGUGUUUGUGUAUGAUGGUUUGUACACUGUGGACCGUUACACAGACGAUAAAAAUGCAAAAGGAAAUAUUGAGUUCAAAUUUCAUCUUAAGAGAGUACCUGGGCAGCCUUCGCUUCACAGUAUGCUAAAAUGGUAGUAGACUAGUAGGUGAGGUCACUUGCAUCAAUAUCAUAUAUGCACCUUUAUGAUGUUGUUUGAUGAAAUGCACUUAGAUAUGUCUAUACAUCUUGUAAUAAGUAGUCAUGCAUCAGAAUCUUAUAAGGGGUAGCUUCGUUUCCUAACAAUGAAAUAUUGAAUCUCUUUUUAUGCAUGUAAAUCCUUUUAACUUC